AUGUGUGAUUUGAAUAAAACGGGACAGGGACAAGUGGAGUGUUUCAUGUGGCAUGAGGGUCAAGGAAGACGCGGGUCUAAUGAAAUUGGUUCAUGCUUACUAAAAUACCUUGAAUACAAGGCUUCUGCUCAAGAAAAUGUAGAAGUAGUUUUUUAUUCUGACAACUGCGCUGGACAGCAAAAAAACAAAUUUAUUCUCGCUGGAUAUUUUUAUGCAUUAUCAAAAUACAACAUAAAAUCAAUUACACACAAAUACCUUAUAAGAGGACAUACGCAGAACGAAGGCGAUAACGUUCAUUCGGUUAUUGAAAAACACGUUAAACGUGCCCUGAAAUCAGGUCCAAUAUAUACACCUGACCAGUACGUAUCACUGGUUCAGACAGCCAAAAAGACUGGAUUACCUUACAAAGUCCAAGAAAUGAGCUACGCCGAUUUUGUAGAUCUAAAAAAGUUAUCUGAACAGACAUCUUUUAACUUUAAGAAGGACUCUUCCGGUGAGGUUGUAAAGCUGGCUAAUGCAGCCAUCAUAAGGAUAGAAAAAGAAAAUCUAGAUAAAUUUUUAUACAAAACUUCUUAUAGUGAGCCUGAAUAUAGAGUUGUUGAGAUUAAACAAAGAACUACCCGAACAAAUCAAACUUUCGAUAAUGUGAAGUUGGAACCGGCUUAUCGAGAUAUACUUCCGAUAUCAAAAAAGAAGUACGAUGGACUGAUGUUCCUGUUACGCAUGAAUACUAUAAAGAAAUGUUAUAGCCCAUUCUAUAACAGCCUUAAAGUAUCUAACGAUGUCGAUUAG